AUGGUUUCACGCAUCGGCUACGUUCAAGUAAGACUCGAUGCGGCAGUGCAGAUGUCUGUAUGGGUGGUGGUCGUCGGGUUGAUCACGCAAUCAUUCGCAGAUGACACGAAAGUCCACGACAAGAGACAGUUGGAAAACGAAUGGGCGUCCACAUCGAAAAAAGAUCACAAAGGACCGAACACUUACGAAUUUAGAUACGACGUGGAAAAUGCGCCAACAAACAACAUACAAUACCGUAUGGAAGAACGUCACCCUAACGGAAGCGUUGUGGGAAGUUACGGGCAAGUUCAACCUGACGGUAAAAUUAGAGUGGUAUCUUAUGUUGCUGACAAAGACGGUGUAAAGGCUUACGUCAAGGACAAUGGCGGUGGCGAUCAGUACGUGGCUGAAGGAUCUAGUUUGGACCCCGUGCAGCGGGUCACGUCACAGAUCAUACAAACGGCUGUAAAGUCACAACAACACAAGUCUCCGUUGCAUGACAAGUAUCAUCGGCCGACGCCGAGCACCGCGGCCGCGGCCGGUCAACGGGUGGAUACGGCGCACGCGUAUCACCAGCAGAGGACCAACGUUGACCCAGCCACAUUUCGGCCGGAAGACUCACCGGGCUUCCAGGAAACCAAUCAGCCGUUCGUCGGCGAUCAGCUCAAGGACAAGUUGCAAUCGUCUUACGCCGAGUACCAAGUCGGUCCUCCUCAGCAACCACCGUCAAAUCAACUGGUACAGAAUUCCGGGCCCCUACCGCCCGUAGUCCCGUACAACCUGCAGCAGGCCACCGUGCCGGCUCAGCAGCCGUCGCACUACGUGCUAAACGUACCACCACUGCCCUCGCUGGGCGAUAACUCACCGCUACCGCUACUGCCUGGUCAACAGCCCCUGCCCAUCACGCCCGAUCGGGGGCCCAUCAUGAUACAACUCCAACAACCACAGCAGCAGCAGCAGCCACCACCGCCCAACUAUCAGCAACAACAAAACUACCUGCAGUAUCAGCCCACGCCGGCGCACCAACAACAGUUGAGGUUGCCUCAGGGUCAACAGCAAUUGCUUCAUCCCAGUCAAGUGCAACAAUACCAACAACAGCCGGUAAGGGUACAGCCGCCAGUGCACUUACAGCAACACGUCCAAUUGACGCCUAACCAACAGCAGACAGUCCAAUAUCAGCCACAACAAGCCAGAGUGGUGUCGCAACAGGCGUUACCGCCUCAAUACAUUCAGCAGCAGCACCAGCAGCAACUGCAGCAACAGCAACUGCAACAACAGCAGCAACAGCAACAGCUACAGCAACAGCAACAACAGCAAAAAGUCCCGUACCAGCAGUCCGUCAUGCAACAGCAGUACCCGCAACAGGUCAACAUACCUGCACAUCCGUCGCAGCUGCAGAUCAGGGGUAACGUACAGCAGCACCACGCGGUGGUACCGAUGCAAUACUUCCACCAACCAAAUCCGGCCACCACAGUGGAACAGUACCGGCAACAGUUGCAGUUGCAGGCGGCUGAAUCGCAGAUAUUCCCGGUCUUCAUGUUGCCACCGACCAAUAGCGUUUUUGAUUUCGAAAGAAAGCGUUUACGGUUUUAA